AUGGAGGAAGAUCGUCUUUUCGAUGAAAGAAUUUCUAUUAGAGAAUCUGCUCGACCAUUAAAAAAAUACGGCAGUACGUGUAAUCAUAUAAAAAGGCAUGAAGAAUAUAUAAAACAUGUAAUGGCUAAAGGUGACACACUGCAAGGAAUUGCUUUGAAAUACGGUGUAACAAUGGAGAAGAUAAGACGAGCAAAUCGUUUGUUCGCAUCGGAUAGCUUGUUUUUACGAGAGUAUCUUUUGAUUCCUGUAACCAAGGAAUCUCCGUUUUACGAGAAUGGAGAAAGAGUGACAGAGGUAGCAUCUUCGAAUCACCGUGCAUCAAUCGCGGGAAUGCCUACACGAGAUUUCUCUCCUGGCAGUCCAGAUGAAAAAGAAUCCUUUGACAACUUCCUGAAUAGGCUUGACUCUUCAAUUGCAACUAUAAAAAAACAUGUUGAAAAAACGAAGGAGAACAGCGAAUUCGUAGAUUUCGAAGACGACUUUGUGCGACAUCGUCCAACCGCUCGGCUGCGGCAAUCGGCAUCUAUGGGUGCUUCUACGUCGUAUAAUGAAGUAAUACCGCCGCCAUUGCCGCCUCCCCCUGGGCUAACGCACGGCCGACGUGUGGAUACCUCACUGAAACGGCUCGAAAGGGCACACGACGACCUCUUUCAGUUGUAG